UUUACUGAAAACCUAGCUAGCGCCAGCAAGCCAAACAAACGACAUUUAGCAGCGAUCGCAAACGGAACGUCAACGGAAAACCUUCUCGAAGUAGAAAAAAACGGAAAUUUUCAAAUUUGUCAAGUAUUUGCACGCAAAUUGAAAAUAAAGAACUAUAAAUAAAGCGAGAAAAAAUACAACUAGAAAGAAAAAUAUAUGCUGUGGUGAUAAAAAUCAAAGAACAAAGCAGCUAAAUUUUAGGUAGAACUAUACAAAAAUAUCAGAAUAUUGUAGGGACCUCUGUCGUCAAUUUUUCCAAUACCCCUCAGUGAAGUGAAUCUUAUUAAUUGUGGAGCUGCAAAGGGAGAAAACUGUAGAAUUUCUGCGUAUAUUGGCCUUUGUUCUGUUAUUUUUGAUCAUCUCCCUAUAUCUGUAUCGUUUUGCAUUUUAAGAAGCCAGCGAAAACAAUCAAGGGCGUUGCUUAAAGUUUCGCCAAGUGACAUUGUGGAAAUCUUAUCUGUAAAAGGAGUACUUUAAGAGGUUUUUCGAACAUGGCCAAAGUUCCGGCCGUUGGUAUCGAUUUGGGCACAACAUAUUCAUGUGUCGGUGUCUUUCAACAUGGCAAAGUAGAGAUCAUUGCCAAUGAUCAAGGCAAUCGUGUUACCCCCUCCUAUGUGGCCUUCACCGAUACGGAGCGCUUAAUUGGUGAUGCUGCUAAAAAUCAAGUGGCCAUGAAUCCCAAUAAUACAAUUUUUGAUGCCAAACGUUUAAUUGGUCGCAAAUUUGAUGAUGCCACCGUUCAAAGUGACAUGAAACAUUGGCCUUUUGAGAUUGUCAGCGACAAUGGUAAACCUAAGAUUCGUGUCGAAUACAAAGGCGAAAAGAAAUGUUUCUUCCCCGAGGAGGUUUCAUCCAUGGUGUUGACCAAAAUGAAGGAAACUGCUGAAGCCUAUUUGGGACGCACGGUCACCGAUGCCGUGGUCACUGUGCCAGCCUAUUUCAAUGACUCUCAGCGACAAGCCACCAAGGAUGCUGGUGCCAUUGCUGGACUUAAUGUUUUGCGCAUCAUCAAUGAACCCACUGCAGCUGCCAUUGCCUAUGGUUUGGACAAGAAAGGCACCUCGGAACGCAAUGUCUUGAUUUUCGAUUUGGGUGGUGGUACUUUUGAUGUUUCCAUUCUUACCAUUGAGGAUGGUAUCUUUGAGGUCAAGUCCACAGCAGGUGAUACCCAUUUGGGUGGUGAAGAUUUUGACAAUCGCAUGGUCAACCAUUUUGUCCAAGAGUUCCAACGUAAGCACAAGAAAGAUUUAUCGGCCAACAAGAGGGCUUUGAGACGUUUGCGCACUGCCUGUGAGCGAGCCAAGCGCACCUUAUCCGCUUCUUCGCAGGCCAGCAUUGAGAUUGACUCGUUGCUGGAUGGCAUUGAUUUUUACACCUCCAUAACCAGGGCUCGUUUUGAAGAAUUAAAUGGUGAUUUGUUCCGUGGAACCAUGGAUCCCGUGGCCAAGGCCUUGCGUGAUGCCAAAAUGGAUAAGGGUCAAAUCAAUGACAUUGUGUUGGUGGGUGGCUCCACCCGCAUACCCAAAGUGCAAAAACUUUUGCAGGAUUUCUUCAAUGGCAAAGAUUUGAAUAAGUCCAUCAAUCCCGAUGAGGCUGUGGCCUAUGGUGCUGCUGUGCAGGCUGCCAUUUUGCAUGGUGACAAAUCGGAGGCUGUUCAAGACUUAUUGUUGCUCGAUGUAACUCCCUUGUCUUUGGGCAUAGAGACAGCUGGUGGUGUCAUGACUGUGCUUAUUAAACGCAACACCACCAUACCCACUAAACAGACUCAGGUCUUUACCACCUAUUCGGAUAAUCAGCCGGGUGUAUUGAUUCAAGUCUUUGAAGGUGAGCGCGCCAUGACCAAGGAUAAUAAUAUUUUGGGUAAAUUUGAGCUGAGUGGCAUUCCGCCCGCUCCCCGAGGUGUGCCCCAAAUCGAGGUCACCUUUGAUAUAGAUGCUAAUGGCAUUUUGAACGUCACCGCUGUGGAAAAGUCCACCAAUAAGGAGAAUAAAAUCACCAUUACCAAUGACAAGGGCCGCUUGAGCAAAGAAGAUAUCGAACGCAUGGUCAAUGAUGCCGAGGCCUAUCGUCAUGAGGAUGAAAAGCAGCGUGAGCGUGUUAAUGCCAAGAAUGCUCUGGAGGGUUAUUGCUUCCAAAUGAAGGCCACCAUCGAUGAUGAAAACAUUCGUUCUAAGGUUUCGGAAUCGGAUCGUCAAAUGAUAACGCAAAAAUGCAAUGAAACCAUAUCGUGGUUGGAUGGCAAUCAAAUGGCGGAGAAGGAUGAAUAUGAGCAUAAGCAAAGAGAAUUGGAAAAGAUCUGCAAUCCCAUCAUUACACGCCUUUAUCAGGGUGGUGCUGCUCCACCACCAAAUGCCGGAGGUAUGUCUGGUGGACCAAGUGGUGGUUCCACUGGACCCACUAUUGAAGAAGUGGAUUAAAUGGCAUAGGGAAGAACAUGGAAAUGCUAGCUGGAUUGCUGUUAAUUAAAUACCAACUGAAGUCGUUCAUUUUGAAAUGUUGACUUUUUAAUGGAACUUUGCUUUAGAUUUGUAAUCGAUUAUUUUCUUUACAAUUGUUCAGCCUUUUUCAUUUUUUUAAAUUUAAUUUUUGUUAAUUAUUUUUCCCAAUUUCUAUUUCUUUAAAGAAUUUUUUUAUUAUUUUUUUUAAAUUUUGUAAUUUUUUAAACCUUUUAGAAGUUUGUAAAUAAAAGUUUAUUUUUU